UAUAAUAUUUCAUUCACUAAACAACUCAAUUGACAAAUAAGUCAAUGAUAUAAAAUGGGAUCAAAAAAAUUGGAGAUUUGUAUCGAUAGUAUAGAGUCUGGAGUGGCAGCUCAUGAAGGAGGCGCCCAUAGAAUUGAAUUAUGCAGUGCUCUGGAGGUCGGUGGUUUGACACCAACUGUUGGACUGUUGAAACAAAUCCAACACUUGUGUCCAUCGAUGACCAUCUAUGCUAUGAUCAGACCUAGAAGUGGAGAUUUCUGCUAUGAUUCAAAUGAAAUACAAAUUAUGCAAAAAGAUAUUCAAGUUCUUAAGUCUGAAGGAGUCAAUGGUUUUGUAUUUGGAGUUUUGAAAACAGAUGGAACCGUUGACUACAAGAACUGUCAAUUAUUGAUAGAAACGGCAUCACCACUGGACUGUACUUUUCAUAGGGCCUUUGAUGUGGUCAAUGAUGCGAAUAAAGCGCUCGAAGAAGUAAUAAAACUUGGAUUCACUCGUAUUUUGACCAGUGGUCAGUCAAAGACCGCAAUCGAUGGAUUGGACAACAUAUCAAAUCUGGUGGUUAGGGCUCAAAACAGGAUUAUUAUAAUGGCCGGUGCGGGCGUUACGGAGGAUAAUAUGCAAUUGAUUUUAAGUAAAACUAAUAUCAAUGAAAUACAUUCAUCGGCCAGUUGUGUCAAAAAGUCUCAAAUGUCUUUCCGCAACACCAAUGUCUCGAUGGGAAGUAAUGUUGAAAAUGAAUAUAAUAUUAAAGUGACUUCAACUCAAAGAGUCAACAAAAUGAUUGAUAUAUUAGUGAAAAAUUAUUGAUAUUUAU